CCCCCGUCUUCUCCAUUUUCUCCGCCCGCCCUCUCUUCUCCCUUCUCCGGCGUCCGUCUUAUGUGUUGACGCGGUCUAAUCAUUCGAUAUAUGACUAGACGUCGACCCAAGCCGAUUGAUUAGCCCGCCCGCCACGGCCUAAUACCGUUGCCUCGUCUCUUUCCUAUCUCCCGUUUCCCACAACCGCUAUGCCAGGGAAAACACCUCAUGCAAACGGCAACGAGCCGGUCGAGAAUGGUGUCCGGAAUAACCAGGAUGUCGACAUGACUGACGAGAAGUCGUCUCUCAAGGGAAAGGCCAAGAAGGGUGUAAACGAGGGCGAUGAUAUCACCGUUGUCGUUCCGCUAACCAAGACCACAAAACAAUCGUCUCAACCGCCCCCGCCCGACGCUGACGGAGACGUUCCCAUGGAGCUAUCCGAGAAGACAGAAGACCUCGAGGUCAAGGUCGACCCCGUCACUCAGACCGUCGCAGAUAUCAAGAGCAACUUCGCCCUACUCGACCGCGCAGUGGCCCUUUUUGAUGCUAGGUUCUCAUUAAGAGCUCUGCGGUCCAUCUCUUCCCUCCGCAAACGCCUCACGCCGGACAUUCUCGCCCAGGUCAUCUCGGAGACGUUCUCCCCCACGAGCCCGUCUGCCAGCGUUGCGAAGCAGCUCCUGCUUGCCGUCGGGAAGCCAGAUGUACCCCUGGGCCGCCAGGUGGGCCCGGAGAUGGACGUCGAUAGCGAACCGAAGGCGCCGGCUAAGAGCGGCAGCAAGAAGGAGAGCAGAGACAUCAUCCCGGAGAUCGACAUCUUCCUCAGCAUCCUGGUCCAGGUCUACCUGUUUGACACGAAGCAGUUCCAGCUGGGUGCCGAAUUUUCCAAGUACCUAUCCGAGCGCAUCCACUCUCUGAACCGCCGGACCCUAGAUUCGUUGUCCGCCAAGAUCUAUUUCUACUACUCUCUGUUCUGCGAGCAGCUGGCCCCCCUACCACCAUCGCCUCAGUCUCCGAUUGUCGCCAUCCGUCCCACACUCUUGGCUGCGCUUCGGACUGCCGUGCUGCGAAAAGACAUAGACAUACAGGCCUCCGUCAUAGUGCUGCUGCUGCGAAGUUACCUCCUCACCUCUCACAUCUCCCAAGCCGACCUUCUCGUAUCCCACACCCAGUUCCCCGAGAAUGCUGCCAAUAACCAAGUCGCCCGCUUCCUCUACUACCUGGGCAGGAUCCGCGCCAUCCAGCUACGGUACACCGAGGCACACGAGCACCUGACCGCGGCCACGCGGAAAGCACCAGCCAGCACCUGCGCCCUCGGCUUCACCCAGACGGCGACGAAGCUCCUGCUCGUCGUGGAGCUGCUGAUGGGCGAUAUUCCCGAGCGAGCCACGUUCCGCAUCCCCAGCAUGGAGCAAACCCUGCACCCGUACUUCCUGCUCGUUCGGGCCGUGCGGGUGGGCAACCUGGAAGACUUCGAGAUCGCGAUCGCCGACCACGCCGAGACUUUCCGUCACGACGGCACGUACUCGCUCAUCCUGCGCCUCCGCCAGAACGUCAUCAAGACGGGCAUCCGCAUGAUGAGCUUAAGCUAUAGCCGCAUCUCGCUUCGCGACAUCUGCAUCCGGCUCCACCUAGGAAGCGAAGAGAGCGCCGAGUACAUCGUCGCGAAGGCGAUCCGAGACGGCGUCAUCGAGGCUACCCUCGACCGGGAACGAGGCUUCAUGAAGAGCAAGGAGAUUGGCGACGUGUACGCGACCCGGGAACCCGGAGAGGCCUUCCACGACCGUAUCCGAGCCUGUCUCGCCUUGCAUGACGAGAGUGUCAAGGCCAUGCGGUUCCCGAUGAACCAGCACCGUCUCGAGUUGAAGAACGCGCAGGAAGCGCGUGAGCGCGAGCGCGAGAUGGCCAAAGAGAUACAAGAGGGGGACCUGGACGAAGACGAUCUCGGCGGGGACUUCGAAGGCAUGUAAAGACACGGGGAGCCGUGUGUAAUCCGGGACG